AUGCUAAAAUUGCUUCGCCUUAAUAGAGGUCUUGGUGCGAAUGGGCGAUGGUGGUUCUGCACUCAUCUGUCGUCCAUCUCGUCGAUUCUCACGAGAUCCUGUCACCUCGUUUGGCCAUUCUGCCUCCGCCCUCUGCACCAAAAAUCCAUCAGUAUCAUCAACUGCUACACACCAACAUCAGCAGCUGAUGAAUCCGAAUUGGACGCGUUUUACGAGGAGCUGGAGGAAGUAGUCCGCAACGAGAAGUCCUUCUACAAAUUCGUUGUCGGAGACUUCAACGCAAAACUAGGAAAGGCCACAGAAGAGGAAUACAGGAUUGGAAGAUUUGGACUAGGGGACCGGAAUAAAAACGGCAAUCGUCUCGCCGGGCUGUUGUCCGCCGUUCGCCUCUUUCAUGGGAACUCUCUUUUCAUGAAAAAAGAUCAACGUCGGUGGACAUGGGAAUCGCCCAAUGGCGCGACUCGUGCGGAGAUCGACCACAUACUCACCAACCGGAGGUGGUGUCUACUUGACGUCUCAGUAGUACCAUCCUUUUGUAGUGGUUCUUAUCACCGUCUCCUUCGUGCGGAAAUACGAAUUAGCCACACGAUGAAAAAGAACAUCUGCUAUCGGCAACGAAGGAGAAAAGAAGCCUACGACGAUUGCGUACUCGAGGACUCCUUGACCCAAGGUGACUGGCACAUCGAGGAGGACCUAAACGUGGACUACGAGAUGCUGCUCAGAGGAUUACGAGCCUGUGCUGAGCGUGCCUCGAAGCCGCGCACGACAAACUUGGAUCGAAUUUCAAAGACCACCAAGGAAUUGUUGGAAAGAAGAAGGGCUUUGAGGCUUGAUCCGAAUGCAUCGCACAUUGAGGGGUUAGUAGCAAACACUAGCUGCAGAAAAGCGUUGCAGGAGGAUCUUCUGAAAUACAAGCAGAAGAAGAUUCUGAAAACAGCACAAAGAAGAACGAGUCUAAAGAAGUGCCGCAGUGAUCUCCGCGAAUAUAAUAUUCCGCUAGCAAGCUUGCUGAGCGAAGACGGGAUUCGCACGUCUUCUCGUCGUGAGAUGGAAGUAAUUACGGAGAAGUUCUACUCGAACCUUUUCCGUUCAUCAACUCCUGUGUCAAGCCCGAUCAUCCCCACUGGUGAAGCUCCGCCACGGAUUCUCCCUUCGGAAGUACGAGUCGCUAUCAAGAGCAUGAAAUCUGGCACAGCCCCCGGCCCUGAUUUUAUAUCAGCAGAAGUUCUUCGGGCUGGUGGCCAUCCGCUUCAUGUAAUCUUAGCAGCGCACAUGACAUCCUAUCUUCAGAAAGAAAGGAUCCCAGACCAGUGGAAGACCUCGCGAACCGUUCUUAUCCAUAAGAAAGGUGACCGAGAGAACCUUCGGAACUACCGUCCGAUAUGCUUACUGAGCGUGUUAUACAAAGUAUUCACCAAGAUCAUCCUCACGCGCAUAUCUAGGACGCUGGAUGAAGCCCAGUCUCAAAAACAAGCUGGAUUCCGCCAGGGAUUCAGCUUGUUCUUGUUCAGUUUGGUUCAGGGGGUUCAGCUGCUUGGACCACAUCCAGGCCGUAUCGUGGGUCAUAGAGGUUUGCAGGGAAUACCGCCUGCUCCUUGUUCUAACUUUCGUCGACUAUGA